AGCGAAGAAUCCCAGAUGUAGAAAAGACAAAUGAUGACGUCAGUGGAAUGUGGAAGCUUCCCUUCAUAUCUGGUGACCUUUGCCCACACAAGAUGCUGCUCUACAGAUCUCACAGUAUAUCUACUGAGCCUGCUCGGUAUCACCCACAUCAUUCAGCUACUGGCGGUGGACUCUGACCUUUUCCUUUAUGAGGAAGUCUCAGGUGUGUCCCGUCGCUUAUUGAGAGACAGGAUUAAACCACCAGUCUCAUCUCUUUGCUUCUAUAUUAGCCGACAACAUAAAUACGGGAGGAAGCAGCCCCAGCUUUCGGCCGCCACGAAUCCAAGGAUGUUCAGGAGCGACAGUCCCUUCGGCAAUGACACCAGCAGCUACGCCGGAUCAGUGCAGUCCAAUGGUUACUCCACUAUGGAUGAGGCAUCAUCGCAGAUGUCAGGUCUGUCGCGGCCCAGUGCAAAGUCAAUAUACCGGCAGAGGAAGGAGUACGCCGAGUCCAUCAACAAGAUGAUGGACACGUUUCAGUACAGAGUGGAGCACCUGUUCAGCUGCGACCUGGACGGGACGGAGCUGCGGAGCGUGGCCGACUGCGUGGAGCAGCUGGACCUGCUGGAGGAGACGGGCCGCGUGUGGGCUCAGAGCAUGCUGCUGGAGGUGCGCGGGGCCCGGCUGACGCUCUCCGACAUCGAAACCAAGGAGGAGCUGGAGUCCGUGGCGCUCAGCGACGUCCUGGAGAUGAAGGCCGUGAUGGACGGCGGCGCGUUCAAGUCCCUGCUCACGGUGUCCGUAAAGGGAGUGAGGAGGAAGAACGCCACCAUCUUCAUGUUCAGCUGCGAUGACGUCAGGGCUGACUAUGUUCAAAAGGACCUGUCACGCGCUCUGUCCCGCAGAAAGGAUGCGAGCGUCAGCAGGAACGCUGGAGUCGCCGCCGCAAACGAAGCCGUGAAGAGGAACCCACGCAGCGCCGCAGCGCCUCCUGAACCUCGGGAGCAGCCUCCAGUUCGCGCCGCGUCCCCGUGGGAGGAGCCUCGGUGCGUUCUAGAAGAGGACGACAUCGAUGAGCCUCAGGAGGAGGAGGAGGAGGAGGAGGAAGAGGAGAGAGCGUCAACUCCCAAAUACGAGGAACUGCCGCUCUCCAACAGCGAAAGCAGAAUGCGUCCCACACCUGCGUACACGGAGCUGGACAGGACCGUGGACAUCCUGAAUCACACUUUAAACGACAUAGAAAUCUUCUCAGGAAAAGUAGCCGCAGUCGUUGCUAAAAACGCAAAGAAGCAGAAGAAGAACAAAAAAGGAAAAGUCAUGGAGGACAUGCCCUCUGCGCAAGAGUUUUCAGCGUGUCUGCGUCUCAUCAAAUUCGCCUUCAACCUCCUGGGGGAGCUCAAAGGGAAGAUCAGCAGCCCCGGCGCCCCCGAGUUCGUCCACUCCCUCUUCUCCACGCUGGGAUUCGUGGUCUCCCACUGUUCUGAGGACGUGCCGCCGUCCGUCGUGGCGCCGCUGCUUUCCCCUCUGAGCAUCCGCCUCAUGAGCGAGGAGGCCUCGGCCGAGGAGGACCGGCUGUGGCAGUCUCUGGGCGACGCCUGGAACGUCCCCAGCACCCAGUGGCCCGAGGACGACGAGGACGUCCCAGAAUACACGCCCGUGUUCUCUGACGGAUGGCGGCCCCCCGACGCCACCCGGACGCCGGCCUUCAGUGAGAGCCAGCGCAGACCCAGUCCACCGCCCGCACCCAUGCAGGUCGCAACCAAGUGGAAACCGGCAUCUCCAUCUCCGCAAAAAGCACGCUCGAGCGAGUCCGAACCGCGUCGCAUGAGGGUCACGAAGGACUUUAUUUCGAGGAACCACAGGGAGCUCACCAUCAGAGCGGGGGAAAUAGUGGAGCUACUGGACAAGUCCAAGCAGUGGUGGAAGGUGAGGAACCGGAGCGGAGACGAGGGCUUCGUGCCCAACAACGUCCUGGAAGAUCACGACGGAGGGUCUGCAGAGGUCUGUAAACGCAGCAGCACACGGCAACUGAAGCCGAAGUUCAGGACACCCACCGCAGGAAGAACAACGAGCUUAGAUGUUUUGUUUGUGAACUGCAUUACAUGGGCUUCUUCUCAGGAAACGGCAGGCUCCCCGGUUCUGACCAAGAGGUCCAAGCCUGCAGAUGUGAAAGCGUGGCUGGAGGACAAGGGUUUCAGCAAAAUCACUGUGCGCUGCCUGGGUGUGCUGAGCGGCUCCAUGCUGCUGGGCAUGACCAGGGAGGAGCUGAAGUCCGUGUGUCCGGAGGAAGGGGGGCGGGUGUUCUUCCAGCUACAAGCCGUCAGGGCCUCCAUGGCGGUGAGAGAUCCAGCCUCGUUUGCCCGCGCUGCCGCAUCGCACUGAUAAACGACCCGUACGUGUGUGUCUGUCACCACCGCAGGCUGCCAGUUAGGAGAGGAGAGGCUGAGACGGCACGGAGUCCAAGCUGCCAGCAGCUGGAAGCGCUCACUUAUUAGGAAACAAGAUCACAUCGUGAUUAUAUGUUGAUAAACAGACUCACAAGCAGAAAUGGGCACGUACCAAUCGUCUGAUAGAGAUGUAAAUCAUUUUGGUGCUUUGGUUUGUUAUGAAAUGUUAUGAAAUCACAUCGAUUGACAAUUUGACAAUUACAUGUAAAUAAAAAACAUCAGGCAACCGUGUGUCUGUAUCAAACUGUAACAAGAGUUCCUGAUGUGUAAAUCAAAGCUGCAGGUUCGCUUGUUAAACAUGCUUUAUUUUAUUUCAUGACACAGACGCAACUGGAUCUGUGAAACAGUGACAGUCAGUUUCAGGCAGUAAUAUGGCUACAGAUCACUGGGCCCACAGAUAGGCAAGAUAAAAAAAAGUCCCAAAGUGACAAACUGGUAUCAAAACAAAGACAAUGAGAAAACUAUGAACUAAGCUCAAACAUAUAUUGAGUGCAGGCAUCUCAGUAUUUGUAAUAAAUGCACUGUGAAGUUAGUACAAACUGAUGAAAUUGAAAGUCUCACCAGUAGAAACGUUAUAUUAGUUACUGUAUUAGUGCACUGUGAUCUAUGAUGUAUGUCAAUAACUGUUUGCAUCCAAACAUGAUUGAAGCAGCACAAUUAUCAGCAGCAACUGUGAUGACGAUUUAAUCUGUAUAAUACAAGCAGAAAUUCACUGGUUAGAGCUCCACAAACAUAAAGAUUUGUUGCUUGAUCUUU